AUGGACCCACCCGCUCGAUCGGCAUGCUCCCUCGCUGGAAUGCUAGAGGCGACUACAGUCGGUCCUGAUAAUCAGAGGACCUUGCACUCCUUGCUGGCUGAAGGCAUUGUGGAGCUUUAUAAGGACAGGCCUACGAAUCCUGUGGAUGCUGCUAAUUGGCUGGCUAGGUGGAUGAAAGACAACAAUCCGGCUCGUGGGAAGGACUUGCAACCUAUGGAAGGCUACAGUGCUCGCUCGACAAGAGAAGUGAGGCCAGCGUCAGGAGGUGUGGCAGAAGUUCUUCAAGGGAAACUGUCCAGCGCGGAGGUAGUACUAGGUGAUGAUCCUUCUGUGGUGCGAUCCAUAGCGGACCCUCUGAUCUCGAGCAACCCUUUCGUUGUGUUCGUAUUGGGCGGCCCAAGCUGUGGCAAAGGCACUAAUUGUGCGCGAAUCAGCAAGGAGUUUGGAUUCAUCCAUCUGAGCACGGGCGAUCUGCUCCGUGAAGAGGUCAAGAAGGGCUCGGACAUCGGAAAGGAAGCCAAGGCGAUCAUGGAACAAGGUCUACUACUAGAUGACUCUAUCGUGCUGAGGUUGCUGAAGAAGGCAAUGACGGCUGCAGUUACUGAGGGGAGAGGAAGCAAGUUUCUUGUGGAUGGUUAUCCUAGAUCGCUGGACCAAGCCAACAUGUUCGAGAAGGAGAUUUGCCCAGUAUCGUUAGUGCUGUACUUCGACGCUUCCGAUGCGGCGAUGACCGAGCGCAUCCUCGAACGCGGCAAGACUAGCGGACGAGUUGACGACAACAUUGAGACCAUCGGCAAACGACUGAAGACUUUCCACGACUGCACUGAACCCGCCGUUGAGUUCUAUGGUAGAUUGGGAAAGCUUAGAAGGAUCCCGGCUGACGGCACGCUGGACGACGUUUACACCUUGAACGACCCGUUUUUUCCACUAUGUGGAGGCCGCGAAAAGCUCUCCGUGGUGUUUGUGCUCGGCGGUCCGGGCUGCGGCAAGGGGACUAACUGCUCUCGAAUAAGUCGCGACUUCGGAUAUGUUCACUUGAGUACCGGAGAUCUGUUGCGAGACGAAGUCACCAAGGGGAGCCAGAUCGGACUGGAGGCCAAGGCGAUCAUGGAACAAGGCGGUCUUAUUGGUGACAGUAUUGUACUGAAGCUACUGGAACAGGCAAUGGUGAACUCGAUCAGUGAGGGGAGAGGCACUAGGUUCCUCAUUGAUGGAUAUCCGAGGUCUCUUGAUCAAGCACUCCUGUUUGAGCACACCAUUUGCCCAGUGAACUUCGUCUUGUAUUUUGAGGCUAGUGACGAGGUGAUGACGGAGAGGAUUCUGGAGAGAGGGAAAACAAGCGGCAGAGUUGACGACAAUGCCGAGACUAUCAAGAAGCGACUGGACACCUUCCACGCCUGUACAGAGCCAGCCCUUGAGUUCUACGACUCGAUUUCAAGAGUUCGUCGUGUGUGUUCGCACGGCACUCUGGACGAGGUCUACAGCCUAGCGAGGACACACUUCUCCGCGAACGUCCUUUGUAUAGUGGGCGGACAGGGCUCAGGGAAACGAGAAAUUGCUAAGAUCAUGCAGGAAGAUUUUGGAUACAAAGCAGUGUACGUGGCUGAUCUCCUUCGGGGAACCCCUGAGGGCCGAGUUGUUGUGGAGAGUGGCGAGAUUGCGGAUGCUUCCCUCGUCGGUCCCCGCGUUGUCUCCGAGCUGAAACGGCUGUAUCAAACGGCGGGCGGUUCGGCGAACUUUGUUGUUGUCGGAUAUCCUCGCACGCAGCAGCAAAUGGCUUUCCUUGAGGAACAGUUCCCUGGGAACUAUCAGAUUCUUAAUUUGAUAUUUAAGAAGCUGGGUGACAUGGUGAGCGCAGCGAUCAGUUCUGGCAGUGUGGGAGACAUCAGCUUCCGCGCUCUCCAGCGUGCGGCUGAGAGUAUCUAUAGUGGCCAGGAGAUGGGCACUCUUCUCGCCACGUAUAACAACGUCACUACAUCGAUCGUCCUCGAAGGGAGCUCAACCAGUCCGGAGAACAUAGUCAAGGACUGUGUGAAGCCUCAAUUGAGAAUUGUGGCCGCGGACGAUGACAGUGGUCGCGACUUGGUUCGAACUCUAGCUGAGACGGGAGAGCACAUUCUUGUGGAUGUGAACAAAGUUAUAGAGGCCGAGAUCGCACGGGCUACAUCUACUGGUAUGAGGCUGCAUGCACUUACGGAGGCUGAUCAGGAUUUGCCCGUCGAGAUGGUCGCUCAGCUCAUCUGCACUGUCGUAGGAACCCAGGAAGUCGUGGCUCGACCCACGCAUGAGAGGACAACGUGGUUGACAUGUCAGAAAGACAACCUUAUGAGAACAGUGACUGGGUUGAAGCAGUAUUUCGUCGUGGAUCAAAUAAUCAUCGUUGGCCCGACUAGUUGCGAUGGAAGGCUUAUUCGUAGUUUGCGAGACACUGCGAGAGAAAAUGUUGCGGUGGUUAGCGGUACUGUAGAGCAGAUGGCGACCAUGGUUGCUUCCAAUGGUCUCCCUGAGAGCUUCGUGAUCCUGGGCCUGCCCUACGUUGGGAAGAGUAGCGUUGCUGAAGCGCUUUCGGAUAGGAUCGAGGGUUCCUUCGUUGCCAAUCUACAGAAGGUUGCCGAGAAUAUGUCGGAAAAUCUAGACGCCGUGUCACCAGAAAUCCGAGAGGCACUGGACCCUGAGGGUCCGGGGAUUGAGAAGGCUUCCGAUGAGGUCAAGGCCCAGUUGAUGUCCAGCUUCGUCACGUCACAUUCAAGCGGUAUGGCUAUAUUUGAUGGCUAUCCUGGAAACGGUGCGAGCGCCUCGAUGAUUCUCGGAAAGGUGGUAGGUCUUCCGAAGGGAGUAGCCAUCUUGGAGGGACCGCCUGAGUUGAUCAGGACCAGGGCCGAGAAGGCUAUGGAAGGCGAAUUCAAUGAGGAGGCGUAUGAGCAAGCGCAAGCUGAGGCUAGGGCCGCUCUGGUAGAAUUCGAGGAAUAUUUGAAAGAAGCUGGUGUCCGUGUUAAACAUGUUGACAUCUCUGACGGCAACCCCAUCACUAAGGGGGAGAUCGAAUCUGUGGUCCUCGCGGAGACUAUUGUCAAGAACUUCCUACGGCCAACGGCAUGUCUGGUCGUAUCAAACCUAGACUCUAGCAAAUUAGCCGAUAUGGUAGAUGAGACAGCCCCGUAUGGAAGCAGUGGUGAGGAGCUCGUUGUUGUGGCACUUUCCCUAGAGCACGUCAUAGUUUACAAGGCUUGCGCUGAUGAAGGGAGUCAAGGUCUUGCAACAUCGAAGAUGGAGAAGAUCGUUGAGGAGUUGGAGAAGCAGAUGCCACCGACCCGUCUCCAGGUUGUUACUUCAAUCGAAGACUUCCGUAAUUCGCUCCAAUCUGCGUAG